GAUAAGGAAAAGAAGGGUACGGCUCUCAAAACCCCCCUCAGACUCAACAAAGCUACUGGUAAGGAAAGCAGCGCUCAGCUAGCUUUUUCUGAGUCGAACUGGGGAACAUUCACUCGAGACUAUUACCUGUCCCUUCUGAGGCAUGGCCCGAAAUAUACAGCGGACACGAUUAUCAUGGCACGCCCGUUCAUGAAAGAUUCAAGCUCGGAUGGUAGCAUUAAAGGCUCGAAUGUUGAGGAAGGUGUCGCAGCCAGUGGGGAGCGGGCAAUAGUGAUGUGCGUGGCCUGGCUUCAGGCCGUGGGCCAGGCCAGGCCAGGCCAGAAUAGGCCAGGCCAAGCCAGGCCAAAGGUCAUGGCCUGA